GAGGGUAUUAAAUCAAACACGCCCAAAUGCUGUCUGAAGAGACUCCCCCCCACCCCUCUCUCCUCUUUAAGUUUAGAGAUGGGUUGGUCUUCGCAGUGAUGUCACCUCACUUCUCUGUGGACAUUCAGCAUGCAUCUCCCAUUCGUCUCCAAAGAGCAGCAGCCAAAACGCAGCAUUACGCACGGCGUUGUGACUUCGGAGGAGACACUCAAUUCCGGGACCUGCAUGGAUUGUUGUGAACUCUCUUCUCUCAUUUAUGAUACAUCCUGAACUUGGUGUGCGUGUUAGAACUGGUAAAGGACCCGAGAUGAAGAGAUUGACUCGUUUUUGCAGCCUCUGUGUCUCAUGUGGGCAUUAUGCUUCCACUGACCAGGAACGUUGCGCGCAACCUGCCCACAUACGUUAGCAACGCAGCGCGCGGCACCCAGCCUCAGCUGUCUUGGAAAAGAAAAGGGUGCAAAACAACAAAGAUGAUACAACGGGACAUUUUGCAGUCAGAAUGGAUUUAGCGCAGUUGACUCGGCUGUCUGGAAACGUUUCCAACGAUGAAAACACCACCGACGCACCGCUUACUUUGCCACAUACGGAGGUAGCCACAGCUCUCAUCAUCCUGGUGGUUACUGCGAUCGUUUCGGUGACCAUUGUUGGUAAUGUGUUAGUGAUUGUGGCGGUGCUCACCAGCCGGGCUCUCCGUGCCCCCCAGAACCUUUUCCUGGUCUCUUUGGCAUCGGCUGACAUCCUGGUGGCCACACUGGUCAUCCCAUUCUCCCUAGUCAACGAGGUAAUGGGCUACUGGUACUUUGGCACAACCUGGUGCGCCUUCUACUUGGCUCUGGAUGUGCUGUUUUGCACCUCAUCCAUCGUGCACCUGUGCGCCAUCAGCCUGGACCGCUACUGGUCAGUGACAAAGGCGGUCAGCUACAACCUGAAGCGGACACCGAAGCGCAUCAAGUCCAUGAUUGCUGUGGUGUGGAUCAUAUCUGCCAUCAUCUCCUUCCCUCCUCUCCUCAUGACCAAACACGACGAACGGGAGUGCCUGCUGAACGACGAGACCUGGUACAUCCUCUCAUCCUGCCUGGUGUCUUUCUUUGCGCCCGGUCUCAUCAUGAUUCUGGUUUACUGUAAGAUUUAUAAAGUGGCCAAGCAGCGCUCCUCCACCGUGUUCGUGGCCAAGAACGGUCUGGAGAGGCAGCCCUCUCAGUCAGAGACCUGCUUUGUCAGGAAGGACCGGUUCGAGAUGGAGAGCCCCAGCAGCCAAAGCUCCGGCAGCCACCCGCCGAGGCAAGGGGAGUUGGAUGACAUCGACUUGGAGGAGAGCUGCUGUCAGUCGGAUACCAAACCACGCCACAAUCGCUUCACGAAGCGAAGGAAAGUGGAGGGAUCUGACUGCUGCCCCCCACAGAACUGCCGUCUGUCCUGGGCUUCAGCCCGGGCGCUACAGCUCUACCCGGAGCAGAAGAACCCGGCCGGGCGACAGCAGCUGAACGCGGUGAACAAGACUAAAGUGGCCCAGAUGAGGGAAAAGCGUUUCACAUUCGUACUGGCUGUAGUGAUGGGAGUGUUCGUGCUCUGCUGGUUCCCCUUCUUCUUCACUUACAGCCUCCACGCUAUCUGUAGAGACAGCUGCUACAUCCCCGACGCACUUUUCAACCUUUUCUUUUGGAUUGGCUACUGCAACAGUUCUGUGAACCCCAUAAUAUACACAAUUUUCAACAGGGAUUUCAGAAAAGCCUUUAAGAAAAUCAUUUGCAGAACUUCAAAACGCACAUAAAAGGGUUCUUAUUUUAGUUUUUUUUUCUUUUCUUUUGGCUUUGUCACUCAACUGUACUGUGAAGGGAUUGUAUUAUUAUAAGUCAUUGUUCUUGGCUGACUACUAUUCUGCUUCCCCACAUUGCAAAAAAAAAGAAAGAAAAGAAAAAAAAGAAAUCCAGUGUUGUGUACACAUCUGUCUAUAAAUAAAAUUCAUAACGUGGAGUAAAACUGAA